AUGGCUCCUGCAACUGAAUUACAACAACAACAACAAAUUUAUAAUGAUUUUAUUGAUAAUAUUUAUACGUUACAUAGAGAUAGUGAAUUAAAUGAAACGUCUAAACCAUGGGCAUUUGCUAAUGCACGUUACAGAGCUGCCCAUCGGUUGAUUGGGAGACAGCAAUGUACAACAGGAUGGGAAGUUAAACAGUUAGUAGAUAUUGUUCAAUUGAAUGAACUGAAUUUAGACAAUAUUCAUCUAACAAGUCAAACUGGCAGUUUGAAUCUGUUGAAUAUGAAAUGUGUUUGGUUUGAUCAAGUUUCCAUGAUAAACGCAUCAUUCAAUUUUGCCAACCUUAGUGGUGCAUCAUCUGAUGGUUCAAGGUUAAAUAGCGUGAAAUUUAAAGAUUCUUCCCUCACAUGUGCUAGUUUUAAUGGUACAGAAUUGCAAGGUACAGAUUUUGGUGAUUCAAAUUUACAAGAUGCACAGUUCAUUAAUGUUAAUGCAUCCACGGCGAAAAUAACAUCCGAUCAAAUUCAAUAA